CUACUGUCUACUGACCUGCAGGAACCAGGAAGAAGAAGAAGAAUGGCUAGCGUUAAUGGCGGCGGCGAUUUGCAGCUCCGAGUAGUCAGCCGGCGCCUGGUGAAGGCCUCCGACUCCUCCAUCAAGCCGCACGUCCUCUCCCUCUCCAACCUCGACCUCCUCAAUCAAUCCAUACAGGCUUCCACGUUCUGCAUCUACCCCAAGCCGUCCACCGGCGCCGGCGGCGGCUUCGACGCCGUCGUCGCGGCCUUCGAGUCCGGCCUGUCGUCCUUCCUGAACCACUUCUUCCCGUUCGCCGGCCGCAUCGCGACAGACCCGGGCUCCGGACUCCCAGAGCUGCGCUGCGGCAACCAGGGCGCCGAGCUCGUGGUGGGGGAGGCCGGCGUGGCGCUGGCGACCCUGGACUACGGCGCCGUGGGUGCCGCCGUGCGGAGGUUCCAGCUGCCAUACGCCGAGGACGUGCCGCUGUCAGUGCAGGUGGUGUCGUUCGCCUGCGGCGGCUUCACCGUCGCGUGGUGCACCCACCACGUGCUCUUGGACGGCAAGUCCCUGAGCUUCCUCGUCAACGCCUGGUCCGAGCUCGCGCGCUCGGGGGAAACGCUCGCCGCGGGAUCCCGGCCGAACCACGACCGCUCCGUGUUCCGUCCUCGCGAGCCGCCGAGUUACUCCGCCACGCUGGACGAGGCGUUCACGCCGCUGGACACGAAGCACCAGAUCAACGUCCUGACAGCCAACCAGAGCUUCGUCGAGCGCCUGUACUACAUCGACGCCUCUGACAUCGAGCGGCUGCGGCGCGCGGCGAGCCGCAACGAUGGCUACCAGCGCGCGACGCGCGUGCAGGCGGUCUCGGCCUACCUCUGGAAGGCCCUCGCGGGCGUCGUGGCCGGCACGGCCGAGGCGCGCUGCCGCAUGGGGUGGAGGGUGGACGGGCGCAGGAGGAUCGCGGACCCGGAGCGCCGCGCCGCGAUGCGCAACUACGUCGGCAACUUCAUCACCUACGCCGUCGGGGAGGCGAGCGUGGCGGAGGUCCUGCGGAUGCCGCUGCCGGACGUGGCGGCGAUGGUGCGGGAGGCGAUCGCGGCGCCGGCGCCGUACGAGGAGCGGCUCCAGGAGCUGGUGGACUGGGUGGAGGAGCACAAGACCCGGGCGUACGUGGAGACGGCGAUCCUGGGCGUGGGGAGCCCGAUCCUGAGCGUCACGACGCUGUCCUCGUUCCGGACCGACACGGACUUCGGCUUCGGCCACGCCGCGAUGGCGGUGCCGACGGCCACGGCGGCCGCGAGGCUGUGCUCGGGGUACGUCCAGGUGUUCUCGCGGCCCGGGGAUGAGGGGACGUGGUUCGUCAACGCGCUGGUGUGGCCGGAGCUCGCUGCGGCGCUGGAGGCCGACGAGCCGCGCGUCCUCAGGCCUGUGACGGCGGAGUACCUUGGUUUGUCGCUAGCUUCUCAUCAAGUCCAGCGAUGCCGGCUCUGAAUCUCUGAUAGAUACACGAACUUGUCAUGUGAUGUUUAAGUCUUGUUUGAGAAUCUAUGGGUGUGUUUUGGUUGCAUGCACCACAUGAUGCAUACAUGGAUGAUCCUGGAUGGGGUGGUUCAACCAAUUUGCU